AAUAAGCCGAAUUUGUUAUGUUGUUAAGCUUCAUAAGAUGGAAGUAAAGUUUACAGAAGAAAAUAAUGUAGAGGGUUUUAAAUGUGCCACAUGGCUCCAUCACUUGAUGUGCAUCUGUGGAUCUAUAAAUAGCUAAAAUUUGAACUUUCUUUGUGAUAUACAGAAACAAAGAAUCGUAGAUAUUUGAUGAAUGUUUUAUGAAUACUUUUAUAUUCUUUAUUCUGUUAUAAUAUUAUCAUACAAAUAGAAAACUAAAAUACGUAUAUUAUAUUUAGGUCUUUUUUUCACAUAUGCACAAAGACCAGUACCGCUGCUAAAGUUAGCGGAACCGCGGACAAUAAUCAGUAUUAUUUUCAACGGUGCUUCAAUUGUCAAUAUAGAAAAAGAUCCUUCCAUGCAAUUUCCAAUUUUUUUAAUUAAAAAAAAUUUGUAAAUUUGUAAUUUAAUGAAUUUUUUAAUGUAAAAAUUAAGCGACCGGAGUAAGUGCCCGUUUGACCGAUGUUAAAGACGGUACUGACAAAGGCACAAAAAAACGCGCGUAUGCACAGGCACGCAUAUACACAUAAUAUUCUAAAGUAUUUCUAAUUUAAUCCUUAAUAUUGUACUACAAUAGUAGUAAUUGUUUUGAAUGCAUGUCAUUGUUAUAUAUUAAAUACGAGAUUUUCAAUUAUUACCAUCAUUUACUAACAAAGAUAGGUUUCUUACUCAUCAGUGUCAUCAGCAAUGACCUUUUAACUUCUUAUCUCAGUGACAGUAUAUUCAAUUAAUUGACUGAAGGAAGUAUUUCACUCAUUUUAAAUACAAAGUAUUUAGUUUAAUAGUUACAAUAAUGGAGUACUUUUAUUAAAAUUUAUUUGAAAAUCUUUCUGUUCCAGAUAUUGUCUUCUAUACAUUAAUAAUACCAGAAAAUGAAGUAUACAUUUAUAUUGAUUUUACAUCUACUUUAUAUUAAUGUUAAUAAUGCCAGGGAAAUUACACAUGAAGACAUUAAAGAUGCAAUGUUAAGCUUAGUACAUAUGAUGAGAGAAAAUACUGAAAAAUUAGAAAGGCAUGAGGCAAGAGAACGUCAAUUGGGAGAACAAUUAAAAAAGACAAUCUCAGUAUUAACAAAACGUGUAUCAGCAGUUGAUGGUAUAAAAUUACAACUAAAUAAACUUGAUGAAAAGGUGAUAGGAAUUGAACAAUUAAUUGCUCAGAAAGAUGAACGAGAAAGAAUACAAAUGCAAAAAACUGUUGAUGCUUUAGAAGAUUUAGAAAGCCGCUUGGAAGGAUGGUUUUCAGAUAUUGAGAGCAAAAUAUCUGAAGCAAAUGCUUCUCCAACUACUACAUCGCCGCCAACUGAAAAUACGUCUCUGAUUGUUUCAAAAUUAAAUGAUACAGAAUCAUUGCUUAUAGAUAAAAUAUCAAAAACUGAAUCUCUUUUAAAGUCUGAAGCAAUAAAAUUAAAAGAAGUCACAAAUGUUCAAUCAGGAACAAUACAAGCACUAUUGACAGAGAUCCAAGAUGUUGGUUCGAGAUUAAAGGAUCUUAAAAUUUUGCUAGAAAAAGUAAAAGGACAAUCUCAAAACAUAAAAGAAGAAUUACAAAAACCUCAAUUCAGUGUGAUGUCUAAUAUCGACCAGUAUUGUAAAACAUUACCUCCAAUACAAAAACUGUUAGAAGUUACUUCUGCUCAAAUCAGAGAGUUACCAAGGAUCCAUGAAGUGCAGUCUUUACAUAACGAAACUGAAACACUUUUACAAGAAACUAAAGAGGUUUUAAAAGAUGUUGUUAGUAAAGGAAUGACUAAUGUGGAAAAUAAAAUAACAGAAGCUAAAUAUGAAACUAAAGAAGCAAUAGGAACACUUAGAACGGACUUGGCAAAUAAUGCUGAUCACAUAAAUGAAGAAUUAAGUGAUCUUGAAAAAGGGCAAUCUGUAAUGAUCUCAAUGGCUGAUCAUGUGUUAGAUACUAAAAAGAGAGUUGAAUAUGGAGUGCAUCAAAUUCUUUUAGAAAUGGGAGAUUUAGUGAAAGCACAGGGUAUAAAUAUCAAUAACACUCUUAAUGAACGAUUUGAUGGCAUAUCAAAUGAUAUUAUGGAUAAUCAGAAUGGAGCACUGGCAAAUUUAACUACCAAAAUGGAACAAGAAAUGAAUCAGGUGUGGCGGCAAAUAAAUGUUAUGUAUCAACAAAUGACAGAAAGUGCAAAAGCAUUAGACAAAUUACACAAACAGAAUGAAGAAUAUGUUAAUGGUACAACUUCUACUAUGGGCGGAAUGGAAACUAAGGUGGGUGAAAUAACAAAACGCAUGACAGAAGUCGAUGAAAACUUGAACUAUUUGUUGGGUCGGCUUUCACUAGUAACACAAGAAUUCAAUCAGAUCAAAACAGGAUUAGGCAAUGCAUUAGAUAAUAUUAAAGCAUCGUUUAAAGAAGUUCAGGACAAAACAAAUGAUUUAAGACAUCCAGGUCCACACAGAAUACCUGAAAAUUAUAAGGAAUUUAAUGAAUCGGAUAAUGAACCCGAUGUUUUAUAAAUAUUUUUAUCCUUUUUCCUACAAUAAUUUACUCAAUGACGUAUCUAAAGUAUAAGAGUGCUUAUUAAAGAAAAUUUGUUUUAGUUAUGAAAAUAAAAUAAAGCAAUACGAAUCUCAUAUCGAGGACGUUUUAUCGUUAAAGACACGUACCCAGUUAUGUUCAGAUUUACAUGUGCUACAUUAGUAGUACAUAGCAUUGAAGGCGUGAGAAAGAAAAAGAUCAUGCGCGCGUACGUAACAUAUGUACACAAGUACUUACUAUAUACAUAUGUUUCAUUAUUUUCAAGUAACAAAUGUAUAAUAUAAACGCAACUUAUUUCUAUUUUAAUUCAUAUCUACCGAUAGUUACAUAAACUGCAAGAAUAUAAAAUGAAAUAGUUGUUAUCAAAUCUUAUUUACAAACAAAAUAUUACAAUUUUCAAUAUGUAUAUAUACUUAUACUAUGUUGAAUAUAUUGAUCCAGAAUUCCUCAUUUUUGCUUCUUUAAAUGAACUUCCUCAUAUAAGUUUAAAACGAAAGCAAACUAUAAUUAAAAGAUUUAUGGUAUUUCAAAGUCUUCCAAGCAUGAAAAAGUUGGACCAAUAUAUUUCUAUAGUAUCAUGUUUAAAAAUUAAUUAUUAAACUGUCCAAUUAAAGAUAAAAAUAUAAAUAUACAACUAUUUUGACAGUACUAUUAAUACAUAUUUUUAUAAGGAAUGAUCAUAAUGUAUAUUACUGUGUACUAAAAUAUAUUAUAAAAUUAUAUUUUAUUAGAGUAAUCACUGAAUUUUAAAUGUCAUAUAAGUGCAUUGUAAAAUCUUGUAUACAGACUGUUUAUUAAAACUAUUUUUAUAAAACAUAAAUUUAUAUGGUGUUUUCCUGAUAUAACGUAAAAGUAAUUUAUAUUUUAAAAAUACAGUACCAUGUAAUUUAUUUAAAAUAUUCAAGUAUAGUAUGCAAGUAUGUAGCCCUUUCUAUAAUUAUUUUCACUUCACAGCCUCAUUCCGGAUUAUAUAGCAAAACUCCACUGCAUUAAUAAAAACAAAUUUCUUUUUAAUUCAAUAAACAUAAAAUUUGAAAAUACACAUAAAAACAUGAAAAAUGAAUAAUAUAGUACUUGUGUUUAAAUAAUCUAUUCUGGUAUUAUUUAUAA